AUGAUCAUUUCUGAACGUGAGGAAGAGGGAGAACACCCCUCAAACCGCUCUCGUCCCGAAUUCGCGACCCGUUCCUUGCGCGAGCGGUGGGUGCUGUUGGGUGGUCCUGCAACGCCCGAGGCCCUCUCCUGCCGCUGCGCUCCCGUCUGCGCACUCCGGUUCCGCCCUGCACCGCGCAGAGCCCGCGAGCUGGCGCGCGCUUGGGACGGCAGCGAACGCGCCCUGGGCGCGGCGCGAACCCAGCGCGAGUGCGACGCUACGCAAGCUUUUGCCAUUUGUGGCUGCGUAGUUCAGGGUUGCUUAUGUUCCCAUGAUGGAAAAAGGAGCAAAAUUAGUUCCCACCUUAACUACCAUCUCAAGAUCACUGUAACAGUCUUGCCUGGCUGGGAACUGGCUCACUGCUCAGGCCUCUGGGUGCCCCCAGACUGGGCCCCUCCUGAGGACCUUCAGGACACUGAGAGACACCAAAAGAGAGUUCGAACUAUGUUUAACUUGGAGCAGCUGGAAGAGUUGGAGAAAGUGUUUGCAAAACAGCACAAUCUGGUGGGAAAGAAGAGAGCCCAGCUGGCAUCCCGGCUCCACCUUACAGAGAACCAGGUGAGGAUCUGGUUCCAAAACCGCAGAGUCAAGUAUCAGAAACAGCAAAAGCUGAAACUGCCAGCCCUGUCUGCUGCGGCUGCCUCCCCAGACGAGCCCUCCAGCAGCUCCGACAGCAGCACCCAGAGUGAAGAUGCCGAGUCAGGAGCAGACAGCUGAGGACUGCAACGGAAGCCCUACUAGCUGGGCUAGUUCUUCCUGGGGGCACCCACUGGACCUCCCUGCCCCGCAUCUCAGUGAAGAGCCUCCUCAGGGUCAGAGGGCACCAAAGGAAUUUAAACUGUCAAGCAGGGCUCCCUUUUCUAUAUCAGCCCCCGGGAGCAGGAAUAAUGUAAUGGGCAGAGGCACAGACUUUGGCUGUCAGCUUUGUCCUUGACUAAGUUACCGAACUUCUGAACCAUUUCCCUUCAUCUGUGUAAAGGGUGUGUUCAUAACUUACACUUCCCCAGGGCGACAUGUAAAGCACUCACAAUGUGCUAGGUUCAGUGGUAAAUGUGCAGUAGCUGUUAA